AUGCACAACAGAAACGCCCAGAUGUACGUGGAGUGUAGGAUCACGGCUCCAGAGGCCCAGCUGAGUCCUGGCCUGAGGACUGCCAGCAACAGGGCUGGUGUUGAGCCCACCAUAUCAGAAGUCAGCCAGGUUGUGUUUACAGAUGCUGAAGGGAUAGACAGUGGGAAGCAGCCCUCAUCAGAACCAGGAGAGCCAGAGGACGGGCCCAGACACAGAGAGGCAUCAGAGGAGGGGUCUCCAGAGCUCAGCACCCAGGAGCAGAUGCCUCCGGCGGGGCCAAGCAGUCAUCUUUGGCCCCCACAGGAAGGGCCCGGGGAGCUGCAAGCAGGCCAGAAUCAGGCCACGCCAGGAAGUGAGCUGGAAGUGCUGCCCUCCAGGGUCCCUGCAGCACAGGAAAGGCUGCAGCAGCAGAGCUCAUGGAAGGAGACCAAGGACCAACAGCGGAGCCAGCAGAACCUAGGAACUGUGGAGGGUCAGUUCCCCGAGAGCCGCCAGGACCCAGAGUGUCAGCCCUUCCCAGGUCACCUGGCCACCAAUGAGUCAGACAUAGUGCAGCCAACAGAGGCUUGUUGCACCUUGGACAGCUGUGGACAGCAACUGGGGGACAAGCCCCCCAAGGAAGUGGACACCCCACCCAUCAGGCCACAGGGCGCUCUGCCAGAGCCUGGCUCAGGGGGACAUGAGGACAGUCCCCAGGAAGCAAUGUCCCUAAUGCCCACGGCAACUCUGGAGGAAAAGACGGCCCACUCUUCCCCACCAUCUAUGCCAAGACCUAACACACCCAAAGAAAGGUAAGGCAUCCUCUGAUGGCCCCCCACCCCACUCCCUGACCCCAACAAGACUGCUGUUCUGCUAAGCUACAGGGGAGGUCAAUUCUAGUCCUGACAGCUCCUGAUAUGAUGUAGAACUUGGUCAAGUCAUGCCCCGCUGGGCCUCCAUUUCCCCAUCUGUAUAGUAGCUCUAAUACCAGAAUUCUUUGUUCCACGGGCCUAUUCUUCAAGAGCCAUGUCCCCACAGGGGAUGUGAGGGUAUGAGGAGCCCGUCUGGGAUUAGAAGGCCAGGGGAACUAAGCUGGGGCGGUGGACCUGAGUGUCCUGGGGGCUGAGAGAAGGAGUGUGCAAGGGGCAAGACUUGAGCCGAGCCCCUCCCUCACCUGGGAGUUCCUCCCUUGUUUAGGGACAAGGCUGUGGAGAUCCAGGCAGCACUGGGGCCUGUUCCUCCACCUGUAAGUAGAGCCACAGUGGGGAUGGGGAAAGGGUGGGCUGGGGAUCAGGAGGAUGAAGGGGGCAGAGGCAGAAAUGGGACAGUAUUUGGAGUCAAACUGGGGAAGGUGUGAGCGUGUGCCUGUGUGUUUGCAUGAGUGUGCACAUGUAUGUGCAUGCGUGUGUGUGUGUGUUUGCACAUGUGCAUGUGUGUGCAUCUUGGGUGGGGGUCAAGGAUGCUCUUAUACUCUAGAGUCCUUGGAUUCACCCCAGGUCGUGGCUUUUUCCACAUCAGCACGGAUUUCUUCCACCCAUUUGCUCUCAGUCACAGCACACAACCCAAAGCUUCCCUGAACACCUGGGAGGCUCCCAUCCCCCUCCCAGCCAUCCCCACCUCUGCCAACUCUGCCACUUCCCAGUUCUUUGAUUUCAUUGAGCAACCUGUGAAUAUACAGUCAUCGUCUGCCUGGUGGAAUGGUAGGUUGGAAAAAGAGGAAUCAAAAGAGCCUUUAGGGAGUAUAAUCUACAAAAAUAUUGAACCACUAUGUUGUACACUUGAAACUAAUAUAAUAUUGUAAAUCAACUGUACUUCAAUUUAAAAAAAGAGGCUUUAGGUUUGGGGCCUGAGCAACAAGUGGUGUCAUUAACCAAGGUGGUGACACUGGGGAAGGAGCAGACAGGAAGAACCUAAGGUUCUGCUUUGG